GAAGACAUAAAGUAACUAAAACUGAUUAUGGAAAAAGACGAAGAAUGGAAAAAAGCAGAGAACAAAGAUGAAUCACAACAACGACUAUGGAGUUGGGGUGCUGGAACUGAGGGACAGUUAGGAACAAACAAGCUUCAAGACGAGCACUGCCCUCAACUCCUUCACCAACCCUCUCUCUCUUCCAUCUCUUCCCUUGCUUGUGGCGGCGCUCAUGUCUUAGCCUUGACCUCCGCUGGGAAGGUACUAUCAUGGGGUAGAGGCAAUUCUGGUCAACUAGGCCAUGGGGAGGUUUGUAAUAACGCUUUGUAUCCCAAGUUUAUGACAUCAUUGGAUGGCUACUUCAUAACCCAUGUCUCUGCUGGUUGGAGCCACUCAGGUUUUGUUUCAGAUUCUGGGUCUGUGUUCACUUGUGGGGAUGGUUCGUUUGGUCAACUUGGGCAUGGAGAUUAUGCCUCGCACUGCUCUCCUGUCAAAGUGUCAUGCUUUAUUAAUCAGCACGUUGAACAAAUAGCAUGUGGCAUGCGCCAUUCCCUUGUCUUGUUAAAAGAUUGUCCAGUAAACAAAGUUUAUGGAUUUGGCUCUGGGAAGCGUGGUCAAUUGGGUGUCUCCAAAGAUAGGAUCAAAUCUGUUAAUGUUCCUAAAGUUGUUAGUGGCUUUACAGAUGUGAAAAUUGUUGAGAUUGCUGCAAAUGGAGAUCAUAGUGCUGCAGUGUCUGUUGAUGGGCAUAUUUACACAUGGGGAAGAGGCUUCAAGGGCUUUGAAGAUGAUCACAUUCCUCACUGCUUAAACUCUACAUUGAAUUUUACUAAAGUUGCUGUAGGAUGGAACCACGCUUUAACUAUGACCGGUGAGGGGGAGGUUUAUAUGCUUGGCGGGAACCAUCUUGGAGUGCUUAGCGAUCUUCAGAAUACGAGCCCAGCUAAGCAGUUAUCUGAUUCAAAAGAAGCAAAUUUGGAGAAAGUCCCUGACCUCGAUGGCAUGAAGAUUGCUGAUAUUGCUACCGGAGCUGAGCAUUCAGUCCUUGUCACAGAGAAUGGAGAAAUAAAGACAUGGGGUUGGGGUGAGCACGGUCAACUUGGCGUAGGGGAUACUUCCGACCAAAUUACUCCUGUUAAUGUAAGACUUGGGAAUGAUAUGAAUGAAACUGCAUCAAUCAGAGUUUUCUGUGGCAGUGGAUUCACAUUUGCUGUAACCAUGCCCUAGAUUCCUCCCAAACUUGAUGAUGCUAAUUUGAUAAGCACGUAAAAAAAAGGUUGUCAUUAGGUUGGUUUUGGUUCUGAACUUCCAGUGGCAGUGAAUGGAAUGAUACAUGCCAAGAAAGUCUUAUGCUUCUCAAGUGUUAUUUUGGGUUCAGGCAGCCAACAAUGUACUUCGAAACCGUAAGUUCCACUGGUCCCUCACAAAUUUGACAACUAUGAGGGAGAAAGGACGUGAAUAUGGAUGAUCCUAUUCUCAGCCAAACAAAAAAAUCGAGGGAAGUAAUUCAUGCCAUUACAAUUUGUGGACUAUUCUUGUUGGGGUAGGUUGGAGGUGGACAAUAAUCGUCACUUGCCACUAAAUCAUGUUUCCCAAAUUCUGGAUUAGGUUACAUGGCAAUGAUAUUCCCAACCACUCACCAUUUUAUUUUGCUUGUAACUAUAAGAAUUGUGAUAUUUGUCCAAUUAAUAAUGUCACUUUUAG